AUGGCACCAACAACACGAGACACUGUUGCAACUGGGCAGAAGAGGAGGAUUGAGGUUGACCUCACGGAAGCUCCAGUGAAUAACAAAAGAGGCCGCGACGCCACGACACGCGACGCUGCGACACGCGAUGACUACACUAUUGGGUGGAUCUGCGCGCUGCCAAAGGAGCUGACUGCGGCAAUCGCGAUGCUAGAUCAGCAGCACCCAACUCUCCCUAUUCCAUCAGAGGACAAUAAUGCAUACACCCUAGGAUGUAUUGGAGAGCACAACAUUGUCAUUGCUUACUUGCCCAAAGGUAUAACCGGAAAUGUCGCCAUCGCAACUAUGGCUAGUCAUAUGGCGAACUCCUUUCCAUCUAUCAAACUGGUUCUGAUGGUUGGUAUCGGGAGUGGCAUUCCAUCUAACAAGGUUCGACUUGGCGAUGUUGUGGUUGGUACAUCCAUUGGAAUGCAUCCUGGCGUUGUGAAGUGGCAGACUGGCAAGGUCGAUGGGGAGGAUAACUUUGAGCGUACUGGUGCACUCAAUAAUCCUCCUCAUGCCGUACUCACCGCAUUGACGCGUCUGGAAGCCCAACAGAACCUGGCUGGAACAAAAAUCCCAAGCUAUCUCGAAGAAUUGAAGCAGAAAUGGCCAAAUAUCGCCUCGACGUUCUUGAGACAUGACUCACUCAAAGACCUAUUAUUCAAAUCAACAUACAACCACGUCGUAGACUGUAUUACAGACUCUGCAGAUGAAAAAGAUGAGGAUGAGGAUGACGAGCACCAGGGCUGUCGACUCUGUGACAGGACCAUGACGGUCAAGAGGAAGCCCAGAGAUAUGCUUGUCCAUUAUGGCCUCAUUGCAUCCGGUGACACGUUGAUCACAGACGCCACCUCCCGGAACAAGCUCAACAAAGACCUCGGUGGCAAAGUGCUCUGCCUCGAGAAGGAAGCCUCCGGGCUGAAGAACAAUUUCCCAUGCCUUGUUGUGCGAGGGAUCUGCGACUAUGCAGAUUCACACAAGAACAAAGACUGGCAAGAACAUGGAUGCAUUGUGGCCGCGGCAUUUGCAAAAGAACUCUUGCAAUAUGUUCAUGCUAGCGACGUGGCGAAGGAGCGAUCGGUGAAAGACGUACAUCAAACUGUCACCGAGGCCAGUUCUGGACAGAAACAAGACACAGCCACCUCCGAUCUCGAUUGGAUCGUGAAAGCUGAUUACAAGACGGACCAGAGUCGAAGUCUCAGUCUUCGACAACCUGGGACUGGUCAAUGGUUUCUUGACACUACCGAAUUUCAGAACUGGGUCUCUGCUCCCGAACAGACACUAUUGUGCCUGGGCAUUCCAGGUGCUGGCAAAACAAUCUUGACAUCGAUUGUUAUAGAUUACCUCAAGUCAAAGAUUCAAAACGAUCGUAGCAUUGGUCUGGCCUACUUUUAUUGUAACUCUAAUCGAUACGACAAACAGACCCUUUAUCAUGUUAUUGCGAGUCUCUUCAGGCAGCUUGCUGAGAAUAUUUCUUAUAGCAAAAAAAGGGCUGUUAGUGAACAUUCGCGGGUCUAUGUUGUCAUUGAUGGUUUGAACGAAUAUGGUGAGACCGAGAGUUCACGAGAGUCCUUUCUUAAGCUGCUGGCUCAGCUUCAACACCAGAACCAAAUCAGUGUUUUUCUGACCUCCCGAUUUGACUACGGGAUUAGAUCUGAGGUGGGAAGGGCUUUCGAUAACACGGCAGAGACAGAAAUUGGGGCAGCACGAGACGAUAUAGAAAGGUUUGUGGAGGCCAAGAUGAACACGUUGUCUCUUGCUGUCCGAGACAACACAGACCUGCAGAAGGAUAUCAAAGAAGGAAUCACAAAUUGUGUAGAUGGAAUGUUUCUCUUGGCCCCUGUCUUCUUCAACUUGCUAGUCCAGCAAAAUUCGGAGACUGAGAUCAGAGACCAAUUGAAGGCUUUCACAUACAUCGAUUGCCGUGGUCAAGAUGGGCAAGUUAGGGCACUCACAAAAGCCUUCAAACAAACAAUGGACCGGAUCGAGCAACAGGAACCGGAACAAGUGUCUCUUGCUAAGCAGGUCAUAGCAUGGCUUGCCUAUGCUAAGAGAGAGCUUACAGUGACAGAACUACAACACGCUCUUGCGACUAGUUCAUUACGACGCCAUGUUUGCGAGUCAGACUUGCCCUCUGACGCGACAUUGGGGGCUGCUUGUGCUGGCCUAGUCAUUAUUGACGAAGCGAGGAAGACGAUUGGGCUUGUUCACCAAACGGCGCAAGAGUACUUCAGAAACAAUAACGAAACGUUGGUUCCAAUGACCGAACAGGAUGUCGCUAGAACAUGCAUCGCUUAUCUCACAUUCAACGAGGUCAAAGGGAAAUACUUCGACCACUCGAAAUUUGAAGAGGCACUGAAACCUUGCCCUCUUUAUCAUUACGCAGCCAAUAAUUGGUGGCGCCAUGCUCUUGAAUCAUGCAUCUCAGGCGACGAGCUCAUGACUUCUAUCAAUAGCAACCCUACUUUUAUGACCUCGGUUGAUACCCUCUUCAUUACCGACUAUUCGCGAAGGAAGGGCUACGACACGAUCGGACUUCUUCCUUCAUCAUUCAGUGCGCUCCAUUUAGCAGCAUAUUGUGGACUAGAGGAUCUUGUCCGGAGACUUCUCCAAACCGGCCAUGAAGUUGAUCCAAUUGACAGUUCCAAGAGGACACCAUUAUCCUAUGCCGCCAAACGUGGACACCAAGGUACAACUCAAAUAUUACUCGACAGCAAGGCUGACCCGAAUCGAAGCUCCACCAAUCGCCGUUCAGAACCACGGACCCCAGUGUCAUUCGCAGCAAAGUACGGACAUGAAAGCGUGGUUCGGCUGUUGAUUGCAAAGGGAGCUUCUGUCACAAACUUCGACCUUUUGCGAGCCGCCCGUGGCGGGCAUGAGCCCGUUGUACGCCUACUUACAGAAAAGGGUCUUUGUGUCAAUUACAAGCACCAGCCUCUCCCAGGCUUCAGUGCGUCCUUUCACACGAAAUACGACGGGAAAACAGCAAUUUCUCUUGCCGCACAAAAAGGGCACGAAGCUGUUGUUCAGUAUUUGCUACAAAAUGGUGCUGAUCUCGGUCACGAAGGUCUUCUGGAGAUAACUCCGCUAUCAUUCGCCGCUAGUAGUGGAAACUUGACUGUUGUCAAGUUGAUACUUGACGCUGCAACACAUCUGCUGAAUUUGGUGGAUAUAGGUGCACAAACACCACUGUGCUAUGCUGCACGUUACGGACACAAUACUGUCGUACGUUUAUUACUUGAACACGGUGCCGAUAAGGAUAUAAAUUUCGAGAACAUCGAAGCAGAGGUUAAUGAUGGUACUCGAAGUGCUUACGAGUGUAACAUGGGUGGAAGAUCACCCUUAUCCUAUGCUGCGGAGAAUGGCCACACAUCAGUUGUCAAGAUGCUGUUGGCUCAAGGGGCUGAUCCCGAAUCGCAAUCAUCAGAGAUUAAUUAUUGGCACUAUGGAAGAACACCUUUAUCAUUUGCGGCGUUACAUGGACACGAAGCAGUCGUCAAGUUGCUGUUGGAUGAGAAUGUCUGUUUGGACACCCCAGCGAAAUCUGUACCGUACAUGGGAGGCACAGCUCUUUCAUCAGCAGCAACUAAUGGUCACGAUUCAAUUGUUGCGUUGCUAUUACAAGCAGGUUCGAAUCCAGAGCCCCCCCAAGCGAUCGGAAAUACCGACGCCGCCCCGUUUUCCUUGGCAGCGUCUGGUGGACAUGCGGCGGUCGAGAAGAUGUUGCUUGACGUUGGUGUUACUCAAAUAGACAUGCCAGAUUCUGAAGGAAGGACGCCAUUGUCUCAUAUGGCACAGAAUGGACACGAUGAGAAUAUCCGCUUACUCCUCCAGAAAGGGGUCAACGUUAACUAUCAUGGUACUGAAGAAGAUGACUUAACGCCGUUGUCAUUUGCUGCUGCAAGUGGACAUGCAUCUAUUGUUCAGCUGCUCCUCGCACACGGGGCCAACCCGGACGAUAGGUGCACCACAGGAGGGCGUAUCAUCGGAAUGGGGACUUUAAUAUUUUCGGGAGGAAUGACUCCUUUGUCAUUUGCCGUGUCGAAUGGGCACGAACUCGUUGUGCGGAUUCUACUCGAGCAAGACAAUGUUAAUCCCGAUGAUAGGGAUGACGACAAUCGAACUCUUCUUGCUCGCGCUAUUGAGAAUGGACACGAAGCCAUCGUUCGAUUGCUUCUCGAGAAGGGAGCGGAUCUGGAGGCUACGUUCUGUAUAAAUGAUUGGAAACCGGAGGGAACGGACGAAACGGACGUAACGGACGUAACGCCCUUGAUGGCAGCAGCUGUCUACGACAGACUGGAGAUUACUGGAAUACUGAUAUACAGAGGAGCUCGUCUCGACUGUCAGGAUUCUUCAAAUUAUACGGCAUUAUGUUGUGCUGUCCAAAAUAACAGCAUUGGCAUCGUCCUCCUGUUAUUGAAUAGCGGAGCUGCCAUAAAACCCAAACACGGUGGGCCCACACCACUGUCAUUGACAACCGAUACAGAGAUGGCCGAACUGCUGAUUCGUUACGGAGACGAUGUGAACUUCAAAGAUUCUAGAGGCCGGACACCAUUAUCCAACGCCGUCAAGAACGAAAAUCUUUGUCACCUGUUGAUCAAAAACGGGGCUGAUGUCGAUACUCAGGAUCAUGAGGGUCGAACACCGCUAUUGAUAGCAUGUCUUGAGGGUGAGGAAAGGGUUGCCACUCUCUUGGCUAGCAGGGGGGCAAACGUCAAUUCCAAGGAUCAUAGAGGCAGAACACCAUUGAUAGAAGCGGCUCAUAGUGGUAUGGAAGAUGUCGUCCGUCUCUUGUUGAGGAAGGGAGCAGAUCUUAAUGCUAAGGAUGAUGAUGGGAAUACAGCUCUGUCAGAAGGAAACGAAUAUCCUGGGGUCAUGAACGUCUUAUCGGAAGGGAGUGGACAAAAUGCAGAAGUUAGGGUUACAGGCAGAAGUAGGAGGCAUUGA